UGUUGUAGUCUGUUCUAGGGGCUGAGCAGGACGAUCAGAGGGGAGAGCGGUGCAGCCGCAGCAGCAGCAGCAGCAGCAGAAGCAGAAGUGGCCGCGUCAGAGGCGGGCGGGAGGCUGGUGUAGGAUGUUGCGUCUGAGCUGCCGAUUAGGCUGAUCAGAGCCGGAGCUACGAUGCAGUGACAGUCUACGGGAGGACACGCACACUCACUCACUCACACACACACACACGCACACACACACACGCACGCACGCACGCACGCACUCACUCGCGCACAGAGCGGAGAGGAGAGGGGUGGAGAGGAGGGGUUGUGAGGGAGAGCGGCACACGAAUGCGCACGGGAAAUGAUCCGCUCCUAGACUAUGGCACCGUCGGGCUCGCGUAGUAUCAAGCGGGGCUGUCAGAGAGUUUUGUACUGGAUCCCGGUCCUGUUCAUCGCUCUCAUAGUGGCGUGGUCAUACUACGCCUAUGUUUUGCAGCUUUGCAUAGAGUCAAUUGAAGACACGGGAGAGAAGGUCGUGUACUUGCUGGCGUACCAUGUCAUUUUCAUCAUGUUCGUGUGGGCGUACUGGCAAACCAUCUUCACCAGGCCCAUGAACCCCCUGAAGGAGUUUCACCUGUCCCACUCUGACAAGGAGCUGCUGGAGCGUGAAGAUCGGGGAGAGUCUCAGCAGGAGAUCCUGAGGAGGAUAGCCAAGGACCUGCCCAUCUACACGCGCACCAACUCUGGAGCAAUCCGUUUCUGUGACCGCUGCCAGCUGCUGAAGCCUGAUCGAUGUCACCAUUGUUCAGUCUGUGAUAAAUGCAUCCUGAAGAUGGAUCACCACUGCCCGUGGGUGAACAACUGUGUGGGAUUCUCCAACUACAAGUUUUUCAUGCUGUUCUUGGCGUACUCGCUACUCUACUGCCUUUUUAUAACCGCUACAGAUCUUCAGUACUUUAUUAAGUUUUGGACAGCUGGUGGUAGAGCACAUUUCCGUCUGAGGGAAUACCUGAAAGGCCUUCCAGACACUCAGGCGAAGUUCCACAUCCUCUUCCUCUUCUUCUCGGCCUCCAUGUUUUCCGUCAGCCUGGCGUCCCUCUUCAUCUACCACUGCUGGCUCGUGUGCAAGAACAGAUCCACUCUCGAGGCUGUGCGCGCUCCGGUGUUUCGCCACGGCACAGAUAAGAACGGCUUCAGCCUGGGCUUCACUAAGAACUUCCGUCAGGUCUUCGGGGAUGAAGUUAAAUACUGGCCUCUUCCCGUUUUCUCCAGUUUAGGUGACGGCUGCUCGUUCCCAACUUGCCUGGUCAACCUGGACCCUGAGCAGCCCACGUCACCCACCGGCUCCAGCUCCGCCAACAAGAAUGCAGCAGAAGUCCGCCAGUUCCCCUCUAAACCUCUGAGAGAGAGUCAGAGUCGACUGCUCACCAGCACCCCCUCCUGGUCAGAGACGGACAGUGCAGCGGACAAGGACAAGAAGGGUGCCAGUAACCCAAUAAUGACCAUAGAAAAUGAGGCGUGACCGCAGUUGCAGCUGACACCUACAAACCAGAAAAAUCUAUGCUGCCCCCUUCCUCAGUGUUUGUGCCUAUCAGAACGUGACACGGCGGCGACAUCUUGUUUCCCAUAACGAAACCAUGCUUCUGAGCGUUUGAUCUGAGCGACAUCACGGGCGAAUGAGGAUCAAGUUAAGAAAAGUGGUCGGGAACCAAAACUGCAUUCCAAUAGUCCAAUUCACUUUUAUUUGUACAUAAAUAAGCACAGAGCAGCACUUGGAGGAGGGUUUUUCCCCCCCACUUUGUACCCAAAAUCAGCUGCUUUUGUACGGCCACGUGUCAGAAACUCUCAGAAUUACCUGCAAGUGAAUUCGUAUCAUGUUGUUUCCAUAGCUUAGCGCAUAAAUAGACGCUGUCAUAAGUUUGCCAAAUGUUUGCACACUGAAUAUAGAGUAUAGUGGUGUUAUUGUGAUGUAACCGACAUUCCUUUAGCCAUUUUCUAAUGUGGUGGUGCAGGGGGGGAUUGGGGGGUAGGGCGGGCGUCUGGUGUUCCACCCACCACCUAUGAGUACUGUGGAAUUACAAAACGAUGCAUGCUCUCAUCUCAGGAUGUCAACACACACCUUGUUGUAGUGAAUUGUACGAUGUUUGCUUGGAAUGAGGAAAAAAAAAAAAAAAGAAGAAGAAAAUGUGUAGUUGUUAGAAGUUACAUUUCAACAAGGGCUCUUCUGACUUUUUGCAGCAUGAGUUGAGGAUGUUGCUGCUACACUGAAACACCUAAAAAAGUUGUUGUUGGUGCUCUGUACUGCGACUGCUAAAUACGUGAAGCGCUGUCCGGUGGCCUUGAGUGCUCGUCAGACUCCUGGCCUGAAGCUUCCUGACUGUUGAUCUCUGGAGGGCAGCCAGAAGAAGAAAAAAAAAAAAUACAAAAACGCACACAUACACACACAAAAAAAAAAAACGAUGCUGCUGCAGAUGUGCUCGCCACUGAGUGGGUUUUCUAUCAAAAUCUAAUGUUGUGGAUCCACUGCAGAGCAAAGAACAACAAAAAGACAAACAUCUGCUCCAGCUGCUUUGUACAGUCUAUUUCUGAGAAUCAAAACGAAAAAAGAAUGUACGCUUGUCGGAAACAAGCUUCAACGGUGAGUCACGUCAAUCUAUAUUUUUCUAUCCUUCUGUCCGUUUGACUUGAGACGACGUGGAUGUGCGAGGCGGUGUAAUGUACAGUUGUGAUGCCUUAUAAGAAUAAAAUGAGCUCAUCUUCA